AUGGGGAAGAACAGAAGAGAAGUUCCUGUUACUAUGGGGGAAGUUAAUGGAAAGGUUGAGCAUGAAGAAGCAGCUCAGAUUCUUACAAAACAAGUGGUGAAAUGGCAAAAUAGCAAUGCAAAGAGUGUUAUGAGAUGGGAGAAACCAGAGGGUAGAUGUAUGAAGGUGAACUGGGAUGCUUCAUUAAACUUGAAAGAGAGAAUAAUGGGGGCUGGGAUCAUAGUUAGAGAUGAGAAUGGAGAAGCUUUAGUUGCUAUUUAUGAUCAGAAUGCCAAUGUUGAUAGUCCACUGGUGGCAGAAUGUUUUGCUGUGAGGAUGGCUAUAGAGCUUUGCAAUGAACUUAAUAUACACAACGUUGUUUUUGAAGGAGAUGCAAGAAUUGUCAUAGAGGCAGUGCAGAGUUUUGAAGAGGAAAGUUCAGUUUUUGGUACUUUAAUUGAUGAUAAGAUUGCUGCUAGCAUCAGAGCAUAUGAUUCUGCAGUAAAGGAAUUGGCAUAUAAGGAACGUGGAGCUCUGAGUGACAUUGCCAUAUGA